AUGGAUCAACCAUCACGAACCUCAUCUCACACCUUACCGCCAGGCUCCUCUUCCGACUCAGACGGCGCCGCACCAGCACCCCAAUACGCCCCGGUAUCCUCCCACACCCGUACACCAUCAGGCAACGCCCGCCCGAACCGCCGCUCCUCCAUCGCCUCAAACGUCCUCCACCCGGUAAAGACAAAGGAGGAAAUCGACCCAGAGCUGGACGUCAACCUCCCCUACCGCACCCUCUCCCCCAACGCGAACCUCGACGAGUACCGCGUAGAAACCCACAAUGGCGAGAUCCCAGCCGGAGGCGUCGCAGCAGACGGCUCUGCAGCUCCCGCAGGUCGAGGCGACUACAAGCUCGUCACCUUCGUCCCCAACGACCCCCAAAACCCAAAGAACUGGAGCAAAGCCUACAAGUGGUACUGCACAAUGGUCGUCGCCCUAACCUGCUUCGUCGUCGCCUUCUGCUCCUCGGUAAUCACAGCAGACAUCGAAGGCGUCGCCGCAGAGUUCCACGUCUCAGAGGAAGCCGCCCUCGUCUCCAUCACCGUCUUCGUCAUCGGCUUCGGCAUCGGUCCCAUGGCUUUCGCGCCCCUCUCCGAAAUCUACGGCCGCCAGGUGAUUUACGCAUCCACCCUCCUCCUCGCCGUCAUCUUCAUCAUCCCCUGCGCCGUCGCCAAAAACCUCGCCACUUUACUCGUCUGCCGCGCCAUCGACGGCAUCGCCUUCUCCGCGCCCAUGACCCUCGUAGGCGGCACCCUCGCAGACCUCUGGCGCAACGAAGAGCGCGGCGUCCCGAUGGCGGCCUUCUCCGCCGCGCCCUUCAUCGGCCCCGCCAUCGGUCCCCUAGUCGGCGGCUUCCUCUCCGACGCGGCCGGCUGGCGCUGGCUCUACUGGAUCCAGCUUAUCAUGGCCUUCGUCGUCUGGGUCCUCAUCUCCUUCACCGUGCCCGAGACCUACGCACCCACGAUCCUCGCCCGCCGCGCCGCGAAAAUGCGCAAGGAGACCGGCGACGCGACCCACGUCACGGAGCAGGACAUCGACAUGCGUCCCUUCAGCGAGCGCCUCGGCAUCUUCCUCAUCCGGCCCUUCCAGCUGCUCUUUGGCGAGCUCAUCGUCUUCCUCAUCUCCAUCUACAUGUCCGUCCUCUACGGCCUGCUCUACAUGUUCUUCGUCGCCUUCCCCAUCAUCUACCAGAAGCGCAAGGGCUACUCAGCCUCCUCGACAGGCCUCAUGUUCAUCCCCCUCGCCGUCGGCGUUCUUCUCUCCGCGGCCUGCUCCCCCUGGGUGAACAAGCACUACCUCACCCUCGUCGCCAAACACAACGGCCACCCACCCGCCGAGGCCCGCCUCAUCCCAAUGAUGCUCAGCUGCUGGUUCAUCCCCAUCGGCCUCUUCAUCUUCGCCUGGACUUCCUACGCAGGCCUCCACUGGGCCGGCCCCGCGUUCGGCGGCUUCCCCGUCGGCUUCGGCUUUAUUUUCUUGUACAACUCGGCAAACAACUACCUCGUCGAUUCCUACCAGCACCAGGCCGCCUCCGCCCUCGCCGCAAAGACCUGCAUCCGCUCCUUCUGGGGUGCCGCCGUCGUCCUCUUCACCGAGCAAAUGUACGACCGCCUCGGCGACCAGUGGGCCUCGUCCCUCCUCGCCUUUCUCGGCCUCGCGUGCUGCGCGAUUCCCUUCCUUUUCUGGGUCUACGGAGCUCGCAUCCGUGCCAGGAGUAAGUACGCCUACUCUGGCGAUGACGAGGAGACGUCGGGAUCCGAUGAGGAAAAGGCCAAGCCGCCAAAGAACGCCUUGGCUCCCACCCGCACCUUUGAGCCCGCGUAA